AUGACCACCUCAGCUCAGAUAUUCAACCGUGCUGUCUACCUUUCAAAAGAGAAUCCAGAGAUACGCAUGCACUAUGUGGACUCAAUUCCAUCCAGCCCACUGCAAGAAAAAGGCACCAUCCUUCUGAUCCACGGUUUCCCGGAAACGUCCUACCAAUUUCGUCAUGUUAUACCACUCCUAACCCGAGCAGGCUACAGGGUCAUCGCGCCUGAUAAGACGGGUCAUGGCUUCAGCAGUAAACCCCUCAGCAAAACUCAUCAACAAGACCUAUUCACCAAGAAAUCACUUGCAAACGAUAUCCACAAACUUAUCACCGAACAUAUCGGAAUCAAGGACAAAGUACACCUGGUCGGGCACGACAUCGGUGGAUUAGUCGCGCAUGCCUACGUAUGUCAGUUUCCUGACGAUGUCGCUUCAGUGAGCUGGGGUGAAUGCCCGCUUCCAGGUUCGACGCUGUAUGAGACCGAGAAACACUCGCGCCUGCUGUGGCACUUCGACUUUCAGAGCCAUAAUCCAGAUAUUGCUGUCGCCCUAGUUCAGGGCAAAGAGCGGAUGUACUUUAAACAUUUCUUCGACCGUCUCACACAGAACUCGGCGGUCUUCACGCCUGACGUGCUCGACUUUUACGUCAUGCAGUUUCGCCAGCCCGAUGCUUUGCGCUGUGCAUUCUUGACGUACCGCGCCUUCGAGGCCGAUGCUGAACACAACCAUAGAUGGCGAGAGGAGAAGGGGAAAGUCAGGGUCAAGAACAUGGUGUUGUCGGGCGAGAAGAGUUUCUUGGCCCCAGAUGCCGAGAAGAUGGCAAAUGAGUUCUAUGAGAAUGUCAGGGUCGGCCUGGUACCUGAUUCAGGCCAUUAUUUGAGUGAAGAGAACCCCGAAGGAUUUGUAACCGAGUGCGAUGGCACUUUGCCCGUCUGCUUCACCUGUCGGUCCUACAAGACAGAAUGCGCCUAUGAUUUCAACACCGACCGCAGGAGGCGUCCGUCCACCGCAUAUGUCGAUGCCUUGGAAAAGCGUGUACAACAUUUGGAGGUCUUCAUUCGAGAAAUAUCUCGGGGUACGGGAGUUGACUACAAUUCAGUCCUUGUGGACGAUGUAAGAGCUUCUCCCCAGGUGACCGACAUUUCCUUUGCCGCGCCCGUGGUGAAUCACGACCAGUUUCGGCACCGCACCGACCGAUCUUCAUCAGAGAGAUCGCAGGCUGUUGGGCCUUCAAACGAGUGCGACAAUAUGACCUCUUUAGUCGAAGAGCUUUCGCAGGUCAUGAGUCACUUGAGAGUCGACGUCGGUGGUGAGGUCGGGUUUUUCGGCCCAAGUAGCAAUCUCAACCUCGUCGAGGACCUCCCACGAGCGCCGUCUUCGCAUCACAUGGUCAAUUCGCAGCACGGCGCCGUCAGAUUGCCGACAAAGAACGAAUCGCUUUCUGCGGACUCGGACGACCUUGAACUGGAAUCACACCUCUUGUCCUUGUACUGGACCUGGAAACAUCCUUUCUUUUUUCUUAUUCCCAAAGCGCUGUUCCUGCGUGACAUGGCUCAAUAUCGACGAACCCGCGGUAGGGAAGGCACGAAAUACUACUCGGACCUCCUCCUGAAUGCCAUAUUGGCCCACGCCGCACCUUUUUCCCGGAGACCAGAUGUCCGGGCGGACCCGAACGAUCCGGCCAGCGCGGGAGACGCCUUCUUUGCAAGAGCACGCUCGCACCUCGAUGCAGAAUGUCAGACUCCACAUUUGACGACCGUCCAAGCCCUUGCCCUGCUGGGGUCGCGAGAGGCAGGUUGCGGCAGAGACAAGGGAAUUGGCUGGCUUUAUAGCGGGAUGAGCUUUCGCAUAGCUUUGGGCCUGGGCCUGCACCUCAGCUGCGAGGAGCUAGUCAAAAAGGGUCAAAUGUUGCAAGAGGAGGCUGACGCUCGGGCAAUGACCUUUUGGGGGAUAUAUGGUUAUGACAAGGCAUGGAGCGCCUACCUUGGAAAACCCGAGUCCAUUCCCGCGAAUCUUCACAUGAACAUCCACUGGCCUGAAGUACGGCUGGAGACAGAGUAUGAGCCGUGGACUCCUUAUUACGAAAACACCAUCUGUGCAGCCUCCCAACAAUCUUCACCAGCUCAUUCCAUAACCACGGCCAAACAUAUCACAGCUAUCCAAGAAAAUCUUGGGUCUGUGGUCCAUACCCUGUAUCAUGGCAAAUCGCAGACAUUGCCAUCCGAUUACGAGCACUUGGUCUCCCAGCAUUAUUGUCGACUACUUUCGUGGCAACGCAACCUACCAAGUUUUUUGCGAAUCUCCAAUUACAAUUUGUCCACGGCGCCAUCUCCUCCGUCAGUCCUUCUCAUGCACAUGCUCUACUAUGCCGCUAUGAUACUUUUGUUUCGACCGUUUAUUGCCAAAUCGAGGUCAAAGCUGCUCACAGACUUGUCCAAGCCUCGGGCUCUGUGCAUCUCCUCUUCGAACAAAAUUUUGAUGCUUACAAAAGUCUACAAGAACAACUAUUCGCUUCAAAACUCACUCAAUUUGGGCGUCUAUUCGCUGUUUAUCGCUUCGACGAUUCAUUUGAUGGAUGCUGCGACGACCAGUCCACCUUUCGCGCAUCCUUCUCAUGCCCACGCGAAGCUUAACAGUGCUAUAUGCUUCUUGAAAGAAAUAAGUGAAACUUGGCCCAGCGCUCUCCGUUGUUUGCAUGUCAUUCAUUCACUGAUCGACAAGCAUGCUGUUCCACUGAAUGGACCAGAUCCUAGGUCGAAACUUGUGCAGGGCCAUAAUUCCAAGGCGUUCACGGAUGCAACUAGUGAGUUCAGGAGCGAUGGCAGUCAGCCAAAUCUCCCUCAGACGAUGUCUGCGCCACCAGACUCUAGCUUUGGCUCCCUCCCUCACACGGCAUUGCAACCUUCAACCGCCGAUCCGCAAACCUUAUUGGGGUCGUUCCCUUCUGGACUCAAUACCACAACUAUUGCAAAUCCGUUUGAGGCCCAGCUUACAUUCGAAUUCCCUGACAUCGAUAUCCCCGAUUUAUCGGACAUCUUCCUAGAGAAAAGCGACUUCGGGUUGGGCUUUGACGAAGCUAAUUUCAGGAUCUAG